GCGUCACUCAGAAAACUACUUUUUUUUCCUCCACUGUAACACUCGCCACCAUCUCAAAACACCCCCCCCUUCUCUCUCUCUCUCUCUCUCUCUCUCCAUCGGAGAACUCUGAACCAACAACCUCCGCUCGAUCUGCUUUCUCUCUCCUCGUCGUACGGAUCCCCACCGUCUUCUCCGGCGAAAUGGAGGAGGCCUUGGAGCUCGCGCGCGCCAAGGACACGAAGGAGCGCUUGGCCGCCGUGGAGAGGCUCUACCAGCUCCUCGAGGCCUCCAGGAAGAGCCUCUCCGUCCCCGAGACGGCGUCACUCGUCGACUGCUGCUUGGAUCUCCUCAAGGACAACAACUUCAGGGUUUGCGAGGGCUCGCUCCAGGCUCUGGCCUCCGCGGCCGUCCUCUCCGGCGAGCACUUGAAGCUGCACUUGAAUGCGCUCGUCCCCACCGUCGUCGAGCGCCUCGGAGACGGCAAACAGCCUGUGAGGGAUGCCGCCCGGAGGCUGCUGCUCACUCUCAUGGAGGUUUCUUCGCCAACAAUAAUUGUUGAAAGGGCUGGGUCUUUUGCUUGGACUCACAAAAAUUGGAGAGUCAGAGAAGAGUUUGCUCGGACUGUGACUUCUGCAAUUGGUCUCUUUUCAUCUACAGAGCUUCCUCUUCAGCGGGCCAUCCUUCCGCCGAUUUUGCAAAUGUUGAACGACUCAAAUCAUGGUGUUAGAGAAGCAGCUAUAUCAUGCAUUGAGGAGAUGUAUACACAGGCUGGGUCUCAGUUUCGUGAUGAGCUUCAAAGGCAUCAUCUCCCUUCAGCAAUGGUGAAAGAGAUCAAUGCAAGAUUAGAGAAGCUCGAACCACAAAUUCGUAGUUCAAAUGGACUUACGGGUAAUUUUGCUGCCAUAGAUACAAAGCCUACAAGUCAUAACCCUAAACGAAAUAGUCCCAGGGCAAAGAGUUCUACCAGGGAUAUGUCUCUAUUCGGAGCUGAAGGUGAUGUCACCGUAAAACCUGUAGAACCAAUUACAGUAUACUCAGACAAAGAGCUGAUAAGGGAAUUUGAGAAGAUUGCUUCUACCCUUGUGCCGGAUAAAGAUUGGUCAGUUCGCAUUGCUGCCAUGCAGAAAAUCGAAGCACUAGUUCUUGGAGGUGCUGCUGACUCCCCAUGUUUCAAGGGACUUUUGAAGCAACUUGUGGGCCCUCUGAGCACACAAUUGUCUGACAGAAGGUCCAGCAUAGUGAAGCAGGCUUGCCACCUGCUAUGCUUUUUAUCCAAGGAGCUCCUGGGAGAUUUUGAAGCGUGUGCCGAGUUGUUCAUUCCAGUUCUUUUCAAGCUAGUUGUGAUCACUGUCCUUGUUAUUGCAGAGUCUGCUGAUAAUUGUAUAAAAACGAUGUUGCGUAACUGCAAGGUUUCACGUGUGCUUCCUCGCUUAGCCGACGGUGCAAAGAAUGACCGAAAUGCAGUACUUCGUGCAAGGUGUUGCGAGUAUGCAUUGUUGAUAUUGGAACAAUGGCCUGAUGCGCCAGAAAUACAUCGAUCUGCUGAUCUUUUUGAGGAUCUUAUAAGAUGUUGUGUCGCCGAUGCAAUGAGUGAGGUUCGAUCCACAGCCAGGUUGUGCUACAGAAUGUUUUCAAAAACUUGGCCAGAGCGCUCCCGCCGCCUGUUUUUAUCUUUUGAUCCUGUGAUUCAGAGGAUACUAAAUGAAGAAGAUGGUGGCUUGCACAGGCGACAUGCUUCUCCUUCGAUUCGUGAGAGAAGUGCACAUAUGUCGUCCGCUCAUACCUCUGCUCAUACAAGUUUACCUGGAUAUGGAACUUCUGCUAUUGUUGCAAUGGAUAAAACGUCUAGUUUGUCCUCAGGGACUUCUCUUUCUUCAGGGCUGCUUUUGUCACAAACAAAAGCAGCUGGUAAAGGUGCUGAGCGUAGUCUUGAAAGUGUGUUACAUUCAAGCAAAGAGAAGGUCAGUGCCAUUGAAAGCAUGCUUAGAGGCUUGGAUGUAUCUGAUAAGCGCAAUCCUUCUGCUCUUCGUUCAUCUAGUCUGGAUUUAGGAGUUGACCAUCCCUCUUCUCGUGAUCCGCCAUCUCCACAUGCAAUUCCGGCUUCUAACCAGAGCUCUUUAGCCUCAGAUUCAUCUGCAUCUGUUAUCGGCAGGGGUAGCAACCGAAAUGGUGGCUUGGGUUUAUCCGAUAUCAUUUCUCAAAUUCAAGCUUCCAAGGAUUCUGUCAAGUCAUCCUAUCGUGGUAAUGCGGUAACUGAGACUUUGUCAGCAUUUUCUGCCUAUUCAGCAAGGAGAACUUCAGAGAAGCUGCAUGAAAGGAGUUCAGUUGAGGAGAAAAGCGACAUUAGGGAAGCUAGGCGAUUGACAAAUCUGCACAUGGAGAGGCAAUAUAUGGACACACCACACAGAGAUGGAAGUUUAAGGGAUUUACAGAGCAGUCAUGUCCCCAACUUCCAGAGACCGCUUUCGAGAAAGGCUGUGGUGGGAAGAAUGACUGCAAGCAGGAGGAGAAGCUUUGAUGAUAGCCAGCUAGCACUGAGUGAUUUAUCAAGUUAUGUGGAUGGUCCAGCAUCUCUCAGCGAUGCUCUUAGCGAGGGUCUUAGUCCAAGUUCUGACUGGUCUGCUAGAGUUGCUGCUUUUAGUUAUAUAAAGUCUCUGCUGCAGCAAGGACCAAGAGGUAUUCAAGAAGUUAUCCAAAACUUUGAGAAGGUCAUGAAGCUAUUUUUCCAGCAUUUGGAUGAUCCACACCAUAAAGUUGCACAGGCAGCUCUUUCCACUCUUGCUGACAUCAUUAAAUCGUGCCGCAAACCCUUUGAGAGUUACAUGGAAAGGAUCGUACCACAUGUUUUUUCGCGUUUAAUUGACCCAAAAGAGUUAGUUCGGCAGCCUUGCUCAGCAACUCUAGAAAUUUUGAGUAAAUCAUACAGUACAGAUUCUCUACUACCUGCUUUGCUUCGAUCACUCGAUGAACAACGCUCUCCCAAGGCAAAAUUGGCAGUGAUAGAAUUUGCCAUCAAUUCUUUUAACAAGCAUGUGGCGAACUCUGAAGGUUCUGGUAAUAUUGGUAUAUUAAAACUAUGGCUUGCUAAGUUGAUUCCCCUAGCGCAUGAUAAAAAUACAAAGCUCAAGGAAGCAGCUAUUUCUUGUCUCAUAUCAAUUUACUCCCACUAUGAUUCGACUGCAUUUCUCAAUUUUAUCCUAAGUUUGUCUGUUGAGGAACAGAAUUCCUUGAGACGAGCUCUUAAACAGUAUACUCCUCGUAUUGAAGUUGAUCUGAUGAACUAUUUGCAAAGCAAGAGAGAGCGACAGCGUUCCAAGUCUGGUUAUGAUCCUUCUGAUGUUGUCGGCUCAUCAUCUGAAGAAGGAUAUAUUGGUCAGCAAAGGACGGCUAGUUUCUUUGGCAGGUAUUCUGCUGGUUCCCUAGACAGUAAUGGGGGCAGAAAGUGGAGUUCUAUGCAAGAUUCGUCCCUUCCUACUGGUGGGAUUCAUGUAGCAUCUAAUGAAACUCGUGAUGACUUGUACCGUGACUUCUCUGAUUCCAAGUCUGAAGAUCUGAGCUGCACAAUAAAUCUCACUGACAAUAAUGUAGUUUCCCAGACUGGUCGGAUUGAACAUGUGUCUACCAUGAGUCUGGAGGGCUUGUCCAGUCCCCAGGUGGACAUCAAUGUUAUGAGCAGUUCUGACCUUGGAGCUGCUGAAAACUGCAGUCCUGAUGGUGAGGCUUCAGCUGAGGUUGACCUUGACAAUCGCAAUUUUUCAGCUUCUAAGGGUAAUGCAUUGACAGAUGAGCCGAGUAUUCCCCAAAUUCUACACAUGAUCGGUAAUGCCAAUGAUGAUCUUUCAUCUUCAAAUAGAAGAUCUGGACUUCAGCAACUAAUUGCAAUAUCUCAGGCCAGUGAUAUUUCUAUUUGGACAAAGUAUUUCAAUCAAAUUUUGACAAUUGUACUUGAGGUGUUGGAUGAUUCUGACUCCCUCAUCCGUGAACUUGGUCUUUUGUUGAUCACUGAAAUGCUCCAGAAUCAGAAAGACAUGAUGGAAGAGUCUAUCGAGAUUGUAAUUGAAAAGCUGCUUCACGCUAAUAAGGAUGACGUGGCCAAGGUUUCAAAUGAAGCUGAGCAUUGCUUAUCUGUCGUAUUGUCCAAGUAUGAUCCCUUCAGAUGUCUAAGUGUUAUUGUUCCAUUGUUGGUCACUGAAGAUGAGAAAAUGCUUGUUACUUGCAUAAAUUGUUUGACAAAGCUUGUGGGACGGCUAUCACAAGAGGAGCUGAUGGCCCAGUUACCAUCAUUUUUGCCUGCUCUUUUUGAAGCAUUUGGGAACCAGAGUGCUGACGUUCGCAAGACUGUAGUUUUCUGUCUGGUAGAUAUAUAUAUCAUGCUUGGGAAGGCAUUCUUGCCAUACUUGGAAGGCCUCAACAGUACGCAAUUGCGCUUGGUGACUAUCUAUGCUAAUCGUAUAUCGCAAGCCAGGAUGGGUACUGCAAUAGACACUAAUCAUGUUUAGCUCUUUUUCCUUCUUUGGGUGGGAAAGACAGUGACCAUGAGGUUCUAUGGUUCAUUGUCGUGUAUUUUGUAAAUUUGUGUGAAAUGGGUUUUAGGUAUAUAUAUAUUUUCGUACAUAUUGCUUUUGCUUUUGAUAUGUUUGGUUUCUUGUGAGUGAUUGAUUAUGGUGGGAGAGAAUUGUAAUUUUUAUUUGGAGAGCGACACUCGAAACAUGAAAAAUAAACGUGAUUUUGGAGGAAAUUGUUUCUACACC